AUGAUGGAAAAACCCGGGGGAGCGUUAGAGUGGAGCCGCAAACACAAUGCAGAGUUCGAGCUCGACAAAACGGCGUUAGUGUGCCUCUCAAGACAACGCACACCAAGCACAGAAAAUCCAAGGAAGAAGGUCCCCGUACACCGACCACCCAUCACGCUAAGUGGACACGUCAUACAACCCUCAAGCUCACAUAAAUUCUUAGGUGUCAUUAUCGACCAAGAACUUCGUUUCAAGGAACAAGCCGCAAGUGCCUUAGCCAAAGGCACAAAGUACACGCUAGCGUGCAGCCGAAUGAUCAGAACCACGAAGGGAAUCAAAGGGAAAUGGAUGAGACGCUUAUACGAAGGGGUAAUCCUGCCGAAAAUGUUGUACGCGGCUGAUGUUUGGUGCGCAGGCCUAAUAUCCAAGGGAAGGAGCACAAAAUCCAAUGGAAGAGGCGCGAGAAGCUUUGCAUCGCAACUCGCCAGAGUACAGAGAAUGGUGGCGAUCAUGAUCACAGGCGCCAUGCGCUCAACGCCAAAUGACCUUCUCCUUGCACACGCUAACCUCCCCCCACUGCAGCAGACCCUCCGCAAAGCAUGCCAUCAUUCUACCCUCCGCAUGGCCACCCUUCACAAAUCCCACCCCCUCCAGAAAGACGUCGAACUCAGCAUAGCACGCAAGCCGGACGAAGCAUACCUGGAGGAUAUCACCGCAGAGGAGGACGUGAGAGUGUACUCAGACGGGUCGGCGAUAGAUGGAGGCAUAGGAGGGGCCGCGGUUCUCAUGGAAGGAGACGAGGUGGUAGACGAAAGAAGGUUUUAUCUGGGGAAGGCCGAAGAGCACACGGUAUACGAAGGGGAGAUAGUGGGCAUGAUCCUGGCGGUGGAGCUGCUGAAAGAGAGGACAAAGAGGAUGAGAGAGAAACCCACCAUGGCACUUGGGGUGGAUAACCAAGCCGCGAUCCGCGCAACGAAGGGUUUCCAGUCGAAACCCGGCCAUUACUUGCUAGAUAUCUUCCACGAUGACCUCCGCCGUAUGCUGUCAAGAAAAGACGACCGCAAGCUGACCAUCCGUUGGUCAGCUGGCCACAUAGGGAUCCCCGCACAUAUGACAGCACAACACAUGUUUAGGGUGGUGACAGCACCGGAAAUACAAGCAUGGACUUUUAUGUAUAUCGUUCUCUGA